AUGGGAGUAGUAUAAUCUUGUAUAAAGUAAAGGAACUCUGCUCCCUAAAUAGAGUACAAUGUUCCUACAAUUUUAAAACGAAAGUAAAUUGGAAAACACCCACAUAAGUAAAAUAUUUUGAUUCCUCCACUUUCAUAAUUGGGUGAAUAUCAUGAAUCACUAGAACAAUUAGAAUUAGCAUUAUAAGAAAAUAACAUUAAUUUUAGCAUUCAUAAAACAGCUACAUUUAAUAGUAGUAGUGCAAAUCGUUAAUCUAUUUCAAUUAAUCCUAGCUUAAAUCUGUCUCUUAAUACAACCAUCCCUAAUAUGCUUCAACCAUAAAUCAAUUAGAAUUUAUAAUUUUAAGAAUAACCAUAAAAUAAAGAUGAACAAAUAAAUUAAAAGAAAUAAACUUACAAAGAUUCUUAAUUUAAGAUUCGUGCUGAAAUAUAAAUAGAUAAAAAAGAUAGUUAUGCUAGAAGUCUAAGUAGUAAUUCAAGAGCAUAAAAAGCAUAAAAUCCUAAUAAUGAUGAGUCAUCAAUUUCAUUAAAAAGAGAUUCAGAAACUAAUACAAAAAAAAGCAUUUUGAAAAACAAAAAGCAAAUUAUAACAAAUUAACUAAAUAGAGGAGUAAGUUUAAGGCAAUAAUAAUAAGUAAUAAAUGAUGAUACCCAAUCUCAAAGAACCUCAAAGAGUUAGAAAAGAGUUAAAUUCGAUCCAAAAAUUUUUAGACCCAAAAACACUCAUUUCUUUUAAUGA